AUGUGCCAAGCAGUAAGAAAGCGAGGGCUGUUGUCCUGUUACCAGAGACUGGAAUUCAGGCCAAAAGACACUGAAACAAGACAAAGGAAGAUAAUGUCAGAGGAUGUGUUGAAAGCUGUAUCUUCCACUGCAAUUGCUGAGGUUGGGCAUGACAAUAAGGAAAUUCAGGAUGCUAUAGCUCUGAAGGGAGCGAUUCCUCCUCUGGUGGCUCUUUUUAAAGGGAAACGUAUUAGUGUCCAAAUGAAAGGUGCAAUGGCUGUGGAAUCACUGGCAAGUCACAAUCCUUUUAUAGAGAAAGCAUUUCUGGAAAAAUCAUUAACUAAAUAUCUUUUAAAACUCCUAAAGGCAUUUCAAAUGGAUGUUAAGGAACAAGGAGCCAUUGCACUUUGGGCCUUGGCAGGACAAACACUAAAACAACAAAAAUAUAUAGCAGAACAGAUUGGAUACAGCUUUAUAAUAAAUAUGCUUUUGUCACCCUCUGCUAAAAUGCAGUAUGUUGGAGGUGAAGCUAUCAUAGCUCUAAGUAAGGACAGCAGGAUGCAUCAAAAUCAAAUAUGUGAAGCAAAUGGAAUUGCACCAUUGGUUCAUUUACUAAGAAUUAGUAAGAUUGCUGAAGGCACACUUCUCAGCAUCAUCAGAGCAAUGGAAUCCAUUUAUACAGAAGAGUUUCUAAUGCUGCGGCACAUUCUUGAAGUCUCUGUAAUGAUCAUUUGUUUAUAUAACAUAGAAUUUCAUUGCAACGGAAUUGAUAUUUCGGGGUUCAUAAGAAAAUGUGGAACUCCUGUCAGCCAACAAUGUAUUGUAGAUGAAAAUGCCUUUCCAAUACUUAUCCAACUGCUAAAAAAUCACCCUUCUCCUAACAUUAAGGUUGAAGUGGCAUUUUCCUUGGCAUGCAUUGUCCUAGGGAAUGAUGUGUUACAGAAAGACUUACAUGAAAAUGAAGGAUUUGAGUAUGCUGAUGUUUUUCAUCUUCUUCACUCAACAGAAAAGGAUAUUUGCUUAAGAGCAGGGUACGCAUUAACCCUUUUUGCCUUCAAUAUUCGCUGUCAGCAAUACAUAAUAUUGGAAAGUGGAAUAAUGACCAUAUCUAUUUUUGAACCUUUUCUUGAAUCACCAAUUGAAACUGAGAAGGCAAUGGCAGCAUUUCAGAUUGUCGAAUGGGCUAAAGUCAUUAGAGAUGUGGACCAUAUUACUUUGUCUGCAAGAGGUGUUACUAUUUUAGUUGACAGUCUGUAUUCAGUUCAGACUUCUACUACUGUCUUGACAGGGAAUUUAAUAGCAAGCCUGGCUCAUUCUAGAGCUGGUAUCCCAGAAGCAUUUACCGCAUUAGGAACAGUCCAACAGCUCUGCUAUCACUUGUACCCAGGGACAGAAGAGGACCACAAUCAGUCCUUACUUGGAAUGUUGUCCUAUCAUGAAAAUCAGGGAUAG